AUGUGCCAAAAGUUGGCGAAAACUCUUGAAAUAAUACCACCUUCAAAACAGAAUAAUUCUUCAGACGACAACAACCCUUUGUUUGGCUUGAUCCUUCUACCUGCCGCUCUCGUUGCCACUGCUGCUGGCUCUGCCGGCGACCUUGGUGGCGCUAUCAUAUCUAGCUUCGAAGCUGCAGCUACCUCUGCAGCUGCCGUUGCAGCUGCAGAUGUGCUCCAAGAAAUUUUAAAACAUAAGAAAAAUGAAACACCUCCCGGUAAGCGUAAUUGCACGUGCUCGUCAGGUGGGAAGGAACCUUCUCCAGUUAGGACCUCCCCUGCUCCACCAUCUCCAAUCAAACCUUCGACUCCACCAACUCAAGGAAGGUCACCACCUUCGCCACCUCUGAAAAGGACACCACCAUCUCCGCCACCUUUAAAAAGGGCACCACCACCUCCACCACCACCACUUGAGGAAGUAGAGGGAGAGACACCAGCUCCCUCACCUCAAGAUGACAACUUAUUGGCUCCAUCCCCUUUUAUAGACGCACCAUUUCCUUCACCUCUGGCAAGCGCACCCGCUCCUUCACCUCUGGCAAAUGCACCCGCUCCUAUUGUAGGCGGUGGCAGUGGUGGAUCCAAAUCCAAAGCAGGAGGCGGAGGGACUAUCCUUGGCGGUAAUAUUGGAAAAAUCAUCUCAGACAUGGGUAGUCAUAAGACCCGUGAAAAUUUAAACACUAAGGGAACGCCUUAUCCACAUCAGUGCAGGUGCCCAAAAUCUUCUAAGACCUCCGCCACUCCACCAUCUCCAAUCAAACCCUCGACUCCACCAGCUCAAAGAAGGUCACCACCUUCGUCACCUCUGAAAAAGGCACCACCACCUCUCCUAGCUUCAAAAAAGGCACCAGCACCACCACCUCCACCAGCUCCAGCACCUCAAGAUGACAAUGAUGUGGCACCAGCUCCUGCACCUCAAGAUGACAACACUCCUGUUGCAGAUUGCAUAACGUUAUGUGAUCAGAGGUGUGCGUUUCAUCAAAAUAAGAAAGUGUGCACGGAUGUGUGCAUGAUUUGUUGUGACCGCUGCAAUUGUGUUCCACCUGGACCUUCUAACCGCAACAAGGAAACAUGUGGCCUCUGCUACACUCAAGUACUUAUCCAAGAAUACAAGUACAAUUGCCCUUAA